UCUCGCUCUGUCUAACAGAGCAGAACGACCAAACUGCUGCUUCCGCACUGCUUCCUUGUUUAUUAGUUUUAGGUAAAAACAGUCACUUUAGAACAAGAAAAGGUUAUUUUUUCUUUCUCAGGAAACGUCAAGGACUCUCCCACAAGACUUUCGAGCGAGUUGUUUGCUUGUUUGUGUUGUUAUUAGUUAGUUAUCAACGUUACUAGCUUGGCUAAAGUUAGAAAAGUUGAAUCAGUUAGCAACUAGCUAACAGUCGCUACACAGACACCUCGAUCACCAGCUACUCACAGAAGAAUCUGACAACGUUUGAUGAUCCAGGAGGGAAUCAGGAUCUGAAGUUUCUCCACCAAGUCUGAGAUAAAGGUUCUGGUCUGAAUGGCCACAGCUGCAGAGGAGCCUCCAGGGCAGCAGGGCCCUUCUGGUAACUCGUCUGGGAUUCGAAAAAAUACUUCUCCCGAGGGUCCAAGCAUCAUGAUGACUCCGGCCAUGAAAAAAACUAUUGGCCAUCGAGGAAUUGAUACUACUGGGGAGACGACGUACAAGAAGACAACAUCAUCCGCUCUGCAAGGCGCUAUCCAGUUAGGCAUCACGUACACGGUGGGCAGCUUAAGCCAGAAACCUGAGAGAGACGUGCUGCUGCAGGACUUUGAGGUGGUCGAAAGCAUCUUCUUCCCCAGUGAGGGCAGUAACCUGACACCAGCUCACCACUAUGGAGACUUCAGGUUCAAGACGUACGCACCAAUGGCCUUCCGCUACUUCAGGGAGAUGUUUGGCAUCCGGCCUGAUGACUACAUGUACUCUCUGUGUAAUGAGCCGCUGAUUGAGCUGUCAAACUCCGGGGCAAGUGGAUCUCUCUUCUACGUCUCCAGUGAUGAUGAGUACAUCAUUAAGACAGUGCAGCACAAAGAGGCCGAGUUUCUGCAGAAACUGCUUCCAGGAUACUUCAUGAACCUGAACCAGAACAAACGGACCUUGUUACCAAAGUUUUAUGGGCUCUACUGUGUCCAGGCUGCGGGUAAGAACAUCCGUAUUGUAGUCAUGAACAAUCUGCUCCCGAGCGUCGUACGAAUGCACCUCAAGUAUGAUCUAAAGGGCUCCACCUUCAAGCGCCGGGCCUCCCCUAAAGAGAGAGAUAAGUCAGUUCCCACAUACAAGGACCUGGAUUUCAUAGAGGACAUGCAAGAGGGGCUGUUACUGGAGGGGGACAAGCACAGUGCUGUUUGCAAGACCAUCCAGAGAGACUGCCUGCAUUUGCAAAGUUUUAAGAUUAUGGACUACAGCCUUCUGGUGGGAAUCCACAAUAUAGAUCAGGCGUGUCGAGAGCGGGUCAGCGAACAGGCGGUGGCCGGGGCUGUGGACCAAAGGAGGCCACAAGGUCAAAAGUCGCUGUACAGCACUGCUAUAGAGGCCAUCCAGGCUGAGGCAGGGAGCAUGAGAUCACUGGACACAGAGGAAAAAACGGGAGGAAUCCCAGCACGAAACACAAAAGGGGAGAGGCUGCUGGUGUAUAUCGGUAUCAUCGACAUUCUGCAGUCCUACAGAUUUGUAAAGAAGCUUGAACACUCGUGGAAAGCUCUGGUUCACGAUGGGGAUACUGUGUCGGUACACAGACCGAGCUUCUACGCAGAUCGAUUUCAGAAGUUCAUGUGCAAUGCAGUCUUCAGGAGGAUCUCAUUUAAGAACUCGCCGGGCAAGAAGCGGCGUGCAGUGGGACACGGGCCUUUGAGAAAGCUAGGUGGCUCUGGGCCUCCUCUGUCCACCCAAACCAGCAGCACCAGCCAGAACCCUUCACUCCAACAGCAAAUCAGCUCCGACACCAGAGAAGACACGGAAGUAGACAACGUUAUGCAGUCAGGUCGUCCUGACCUCCUCCCAAAGACUUUACCGCCCAGCGACGCUGUUGGCAACUUUGCAGAAACCGCCUUCUCCUCCUCCUUGGGAAACCCUGGAUUUGCUCCCACAAGUCAGCCUCAGCCUCCGCCUCAGGAUGCCUACAAGUCAGUGGGAGUGGAUAUACACAGCAUGUUGAGCAAAGACAAGGAGCGCAGCACCCCCAAGAGAGCUCAGUAUGAAGAAAGCAUCGGUUCCGAGGAUGGGAUCUCACUCGGUGACAUCGUUCCUAACGCGAGCUAAUGUUCUGUGUAGAAGAAUGAACUCCAAAUGAACCGAGACAAACUUGGAGGAUGUUAUUAGCAUGGAUGAAAUGUUACAACGCCCCUUGGUGUUAUUUGAGGUAAAGUUAUACAGCGUAUCAGCGAGACCAAGUGGGAUAUUAAAUGUUUUUUUGUGUUUGUUUUUGCACUUUGAUUUCCAAAUCUCAACAUGAUAUGAGCAUGUAAGUGGGCGGUUGUGUUCUGACACUAGUUACUGCAGGUACAUUAAUGCUGUGGUGGUUAUUGAACACUAUUAUUCAUCUCAUAGGAAUGCUUCUAUGCACAACCAAAGAUUGUUCUUGCCGGCAUUCGAUGUAGAGUGUAACAUGAGGACUUUGCCUUAUCUGAGAAUGUCUUUAUUUAAGCGUUGUUAUUUCAAAUGAAUUGUCUCCUUUUUGGAAUUAAUUACUCUUUUGUGUUUACCAAAUGCUGUAGCACAUCCUCGUGCAUACAUGGCUCUGUAAGUGUCUGUCCCACCACACAAAGGCCCGAGCCCGGAGCACUGUCUCUGCUACAUGUUUGACUUAGAUGCUUUAACACAAAACCAUGUUAUAUGGGUUGGGAACACAGUUUUAAAUAAAAGUGUUUAUUUUUUAAAGAAAUUACUGUAUUCAUACUGGCUAAGUUGCCGUUUUUUAAGCCUACUCUGAAUGCAAAUUAUGCUGGAAAAAGAGGUGAUCCUCAGCUUGUGGUUUCUAUUUAACCAGCUACGCUAAUAAUGGACUGUGAAUCCUAAAUGUCACCUCUCAUGUUGAGGUCAAAGGGUUGUAUUAAAAGGAGUUUUUUUUAAUACUUAUACACUGUACGAUCUGAUAUCAGUUUCAGGGUUAGACUGGCUUAUGUCCAAAUGUGACCAAAGAACUGAUACUCAGACCUGGGGCCUGUCUCAUGAAGCAAGACUAGUGAGUUAGUCAGCUAAGUUUAGGGUGAACCACGUCCAACUGAGUUUUGUUGUCAUGGCGACUAAUGCAUCAGACCAAACCUGCAAGGAGCAGAUUGUGUUUUUAGGCUUUUGGAUUAUUGUACAUAAAAGAAGCACCUCCUCAUCGGAUCAGUUGCUAGGGGGAAGUUGAGUCACCGUUCUUACAGGAGCUCAAUGAACAAAAACACAGUGUCAUGUACCAAAAGGCAUGACAUUAUUACAAACGUGGUACUAUCACUUUGUUUUUCAUAAUAAUUUAUGAAAUUGGAAACAGUAAUAUACCGGUAGUUAAUGUUUGCAGUAGAAGCAGGUGUACAGCUGUGGCCAUAAAACGGAACAAAAACAGUUUCUAAAAGAGCAUAGAGCAGCGUAACGUGACUUUGUAAGCAGGGAUAUUUGUAUUUAAUCAUAAAGAACAACAGUUCAUUGGCAUUGUUAGUGUCAUUUGUGCAAAGCAUCUGAAUCCAGCCCCCACUAAUAUCAUCCAGUUGCAUGUAACUACAGCACCGGCAGUUUCAGACCUGCCGUUCAGUCCAACAUGUGCCACCUAAAGGCAAGAAGUGACAGCAGUUUAGACCUGAGCUUUUUGGAUGGUGUUAGUAUGUCUGUGUGUUUGCUGUUUUAUUUUUUACAUUUUAACUCCAUAAAACAAGUUUUGCUUCAGUGUUAUUUUACAGUAUAUCCUUUGAAAGAAAGAAAAACUAGGGUGGGAUUCACUGGCCAAAAGAAUAUUAGCAGUAUAGGUUGUAGGAGACUUUGCUGCUGAAUAUUUAAAAACUAUAAACAUGGAUGAAACUGCAUUUUCUUAAAGUAUUUUUAUUUACACUUUUCAACUAUUUUCAGUAGUCCGCUACUAAAACUAAAAAAGCUAUGUAUAAACUCAAUAUAAUAUCGGUUACUCAAAUUACUACUUUCAACUCUACUUAUGUCAACCGCAUAUUAAAGCAUGUAUAUUUUCACACUGAUUCAUGAUCUGUUUGAUUGUUAUAUUAUUUUCAACUUUUUAUGUUCCUGUUCUUUAUAUUCAAGUGGUGCAUCUAGUAUUUCAUAAACAUUACUCGUAUUCAUUAGUUAUAUUACUUAUAAUGUUAAUAUAAUCUCUGUUGCUGCAAUUUCCCCACAGGGAUAUUUUCACCCCAUCUAUUAAUAAAUUCACUUUUGUUGAUUUGUUGAUGUUUCAUGUGCUGGACCAUUGAACCCAGGGUUAACAGAGCCAGUUGUGUGAGUGUGUUAUCCAGAACUGCCAGUGUUAAGUGUAGUGAGGCUGAUAACUUAAAGAGAGAUUUUUGAGACAGGCCCCAAUUAAGGUAUAGUUGUAUUUUUUUUACUAGCAAACAAUGGUGAUGGCUGCCUGGUGUUUAAAAGUACAAAAGACAAAACUGUUUCUCUACUUCUUGCAGACGUAGUAUUGGUGGUUCGUUCAAGUUGGUUUUAGCACUCAAAAUGGGUGUGCAAUGUUUUAAUAUUCAUAAUUGUUUGAUAUUUGAAAAUGCAGAAAUGUCUUAAAAUUGAUUUUUAGUCUGACAGUAUAUGCUGUCAACUAUGCAACUAAAGUUUAUAUUCCUGAAAGAGUAGAUGGUGCAAUACAGUAAAUUAAUUGACAAUUUUCCAACCAAGAUAAGAUGAAAAAGCAUCAUUUGGGUAUUUUUUAUACAUGAUGUAAAUGGUAUGUGGAGGUUAUUUUAUUCUGCUGGCUGUUAUAUCAGUUUAAAGUGAAAUUGCGUCUUAUUGUAUAAACUCCAAAGCAGUUACACGUGCAGCCUAUGAACCAAACAUGUACAUAGUCAUAUGUAUUAUAGUAUUUAUUGCUGUAUGUAUUGCUCUGGUGUCCAAAAUGUUUAUUAAUGGUGAAUAUGGAUUGAAAUUGUGCCUUUCUCUUGCAAAAUAAGCCUGUAUCUAAGGCAUGCAACUGUUACAAAACCUUCGGUUCUUUGUGAUGAUUCUGAUUAUUAACACAACUGUUAAAAUCAUCCUGUAUUUUCUCUGUUUACUUGUUAAUUUUGCCUUUGAAUUAUAUGCAAUAAAUGUGUGCACAUCUGUAUGCAAGAAUCACAACAAUGCCUUUUCACAGAAUAUGUUUUUAGAAGUUGUCUUUUGGGGAUGUCAUGUUUUUGUACACUUGUACCUGAAGUUAUUAAAGACAAAAAGACAUGUU